AUGUACUGUCACCCUGGAGAUGCUGCUGAGUGACGUGCUCUGUGUGGGGUUCCUGUGUCACAUGAUGUACUGUCACCUUGGAGACGCUGCUGAGUGAUGGGCUCUGUGUGGGGUACCUGUGUCACAUGAUGUACUGUCACCUUGGAGACGCUGCUGAGUAAUGGGCUUUGUAUGGGGUACCUGUGUCACAUGAUGUACUGUCACCUUGGAGAUGCUGCUGAGUAAUGGGCUCUGUAUGGGGUACCUGUGUCAGGUGAUGUACUGUCACCCAGGAGAUGCUGCUGAGUGAUGAGCCCUGUAUGGGGUACCUGUGUCACAUGAUGUACUGUAACACACUCUUUAUUGGGUUAUUCACUACAGUCACAUGAGAUAGUAAUUUUAAGAUAGAUCUGUCCUCAUUUUCCAAAACUGUUCUGUCACCUGGAGUUAUGUUGUUGAAUGUUACAGGUGACAGUAGUUUGGCUGUAGGAAAUAUCACCUGUAAGAGAGACAGGCUAAGACCGUGUUAUCCCAUAGAUUGUAAGCCUGGGAGCAGGGCCCUCCCUGACUGUUACUACGCAGGCUCAUCUAUUACUGUGCUGCUCACAACACUAAAGUGCAAUGGAAUAAACUGGAGCUGUUUACCUAAAUCUUAAUAAAGAAAUAUGAAGUGUUGGAGGCUCUCUUGUAUUUGGAAUACUGUGGAAUAUGAUUGACUUGCAAUGGAAGUCUAAGGAUUGGGCAGCUUUGUCCCCGGGUGCAGUCAUAUCCUGUACAGUCAUUUAACCGGAUAAACUAUGAGGACCGUGUUACGUGCCAGCCAGCUGUUCCGUCACCAUUUCCCAGCGCUUUCGCUACGCAGAAAUGCUGCCAAUCUGGCCUCCAUGCUGGAGGUGUCCCAGCUACAGCAGAAGAAGCUGAACAGUGUGGUGUUCCCCGUGAAGGACCUGAUGAAGCUGCUGAGCCCGGACAUUGAUCAGAGCAAUUUUAAACUCUUUGACCCUACGAUUGAGGAGAUUACUGCGGCUGAGCAAUUGUUCCGGCCGUCUGCGAAACACCUGAUCGAUUAUUUCACAUCAGCUGUCAGAAUGGAUCAUGCGCCUGACCUGCUGCAGCCGGAGGUUUGUUUCAUAGGAAGAAGCAAUGUGGGAAAGUCCUCUUUGAUAAAGUCCUUAUUCGCUCUGGUACCUGGAAUUGAAGUGCGAGUCUCCAAAACUCCAGGUCAUACUAAAAAAAUGAACUUUUUCAAAGUGGGAAAAGCCUUCACGCUGGUGGACAUGCCGGGGUACGGCUACAGAGCCCCCGAAGACUUUGAGGAGAUGGUAGAAGCGUACAUACAGCAGAGACGCAAUUUGAAAAGGACGUUUCUACUGGUAGACGGUUCUAUUGGAGUCCAGAAAGCGGAUUUAAUCGCAGUGGAGAUGUGUGAAGAGUUUGGGAUUCCCUAUGUUCUUGUGGCGACGAAGAUUGAUCGAUCGCGGCCGGCCGUCCUGCUCACGCAGUUAAUGGAAAUUGAGGAAUUCAUAAGGACGCAGACACAAGGCUGCUUUCCCCAGCCCUUCUUAGUCAGCUCUCUGCAUUUCUCAGGCGUGCACCUGCUCAGAUGUUUCAUCGCUCAUAUAACCGGAAACCUCAACGUUAAAUAAAGUGCCCCCGUGCCCUGGCCGAAGCUGCGGAGACUAGGAGAAGUCUCUUCAUCAGUGGUGACAUUUCAGGGACUACAUAUUUCCUCCCGAGUAGCGUAAAUGCACAGUAACAGCGCACAGUAACAGCGCACAGUAAUGUCCGUUAUACAAGACCGCAGGCUGGAUGGGAAUCAGACAGGGACUAUAUCCUGUCCAGCUUGCUGCGAGCUGUAAUGCAGUCCCUACACAGAGGGCGGAGAGGGGACCUUUGUGGUGCAAUGCGACAAAGAUCGUUUGGAGUCUCAGAUCUCCUAUUGCACCAGCUGCUCUGUAGGACUUCCCAGAGCCAACUUGUCCUUCACCCAGCACCGUUUUCCCAAGGACUCAACACCAAUGAUGAUUAUUUUCUCAAAAUAAAAUGUUGCAUUAAGUUUA